AAUCCGGAAGCGGUGAAAUCUGGACAGCACAGCAGGAAGAAUUUGCUGUCCAUAUCGUUUAGACUCUUUUUUUAGGGUGAUAAAACCUUUACACAUUAUCCAACAUGUCGACAGCUGCACAUUCUGACAAGUUCAGGAAAGUAGACGUGGAUGAAUACGACGAGAACAAGUUUGUGGAUGAGGAAGAUGGAGGAGAUAACCAGGGUGGACCAGACGAAGCAGAAGUGGACGCUCUACUCAGACAGGGAAACCUGAAUGGAGCUCUUCUAGCUGUGCUCAAGGAUCCUCCUAUCACCACCAAGAACCAGAAUGUUAAGGAGCGAGCAGAGCUGCUGGUGGUCCGAGUGCUGAGCAGUUUUAAGAGCAGUGACAUUGAGAAGGCUGUGGGCUCACUGGAUAGAGCAGGAGUGGACCUGCUGAUGAAAUACAUUUACAGAGGCUUUGAGAAACCCUCUGACAACAGCAGUGCAGUACUGCUACAGUGGCACGAAAAGGCUCUUGCGGUGGGAGGGGUGGGCUCUAUAGUUCGAGUCCUGACUGCCAGGAAGACCGUCUGAUCGUGCCGGUCCCCACAGACACCAACUGUGACCCAAAACCACCGGAGCUGAUGACAGGGACGUGUCU